AUGGCUACUCUCCUUUUCGCCCUGCGACUAUGGCUCGCACGAAAAAUCUACGGCGAGCUUGCUCCCGGACUAGUCAAGAUAGGAUCCCGCAGGAUCAUCAAAGGCCCCUGCCAGGAAUCCGAGGCCGAAGCCAUGGAAUUCGUCCGCAACAACACGUCAAUCCCGGUGCCCGCCGUCUUCCACACACACCGCAUCGAAUCCGGCUUCUACAUCGAAAUGGAGCGCGUCAAGGGAAAGAACCUGGAACACGUAUGGAACGACUUGAGCGUGGAGCAGAAACACCAACUGGUAAACAGCCUCGCCGGUUACGUCAAAGAACUACGAGCCUUACCCGCGCCCGCGGCCGACCUCGUUGCGUCCGCAAAGCAACACAACAAACUACGUGACGCACGCGUAGGAUCGGCCCCAUUCGGUCCGUACAGCACACAUUCCGACUUCCACUCCUUGCUCCGCGGCCAUAUCUCCCUCGACAAGGCAUCCGAUACUUUCGGUCCCAACGUUAUUGAAUGCCACGUAAAGAAAUACCAGACUCUCUUCACCCACGCCGAUCUCAGCAUGCGUAAUAUCAUGGUUGACAACGGUCACAUCACCGCGAUCAUUGGCUGGGCCUUCGCUGGCUGGUAUCCCGAGUACUGGGAAUUCACCAAGGCUCAUUACCGCCCAUGUGACAUACCGGAUUGGUACGACCUUUUGGAAAAUGCGCUGGCGAGGUACGAUGAUGAGCUGGAAGCCGAACGUGUCUUGUGGUCAAAGCUCGAUCAGCCAGGAGAUCAGCAUCCCCCCUCGACAGCUCGCUCAAAGGCCGCCAAACCUCAGGAAUAA